AUGUCUUCGAACUCUUGGGAUCAAGACGGGCGCCCUGCGCGCCGUCAGUCUAUCCCGCUACAGGAUUUAGAUGGAUCGCAUGUCGAUAAUCACCAAACCCAAGCCGGGCUUUUCUACCAACAGCCGGCCUCAUCUUCCCUCUCCGAUACUCCUCAAAUGUCAGCUAACGCCCCUGGUAUCUCGACAUAUUGGGAUCAACCCUAUGAUCACUUCAACGAUGAUGUUAGCCCAGGAUCGCCUAUAGAUCCCAUGGCCUUACAAUCAGCUUUGCCGCCUGGUAUGGAUUAUCAUGAACGAAGUCCACCACUGCCCUCUACGCCCGUCCGUACCUACGACCCUCCUGCUCCAUAUGUCGAAGAUGCGCCGAGUACCGAUUACGCCGAAUCCGAUCGAGUGCCCUUGACAGCUGGCGUUGAGCCCAUCUCCGGUUCCUUGUCCGCCAAUAACCUGGACAGCCGGAAUCGAGAUAGUUUUCAGACCGUAUCGAGCGUAGAGAAUAGCCCAUCUCGCGGCCGCAGCACAAGAAGUUUGGGCGAAGAUUUGAGAGCCAGCUAUGGCUCUACUCGAAAUCGUAACUUUGGUGCUUCUCUCAACCCGAAUGAGUACGGAAGACCCAGGUCACCUUCCGCAUCAGGUGCCCUGUCGCGCGCUGGAUCGAUUGUUCGGGCAAUGUCACAACGUGUCGUCAAUAUCAGUGGAGAGACCGAGGUUAUCGAUAAUCGGGCGUCCAGGCAUCGCUCACGUUCGCCUGUCGGGCGUAGUCAAGACAGGAACCGGGAUACUGUUAAUUCGCUAUUCGCCGAUACUUCAUACCAACCACAACUGGUUCGUUCAUCUAGCGAAAAGUCCACGCAGCCACGCUUUGGCGUGGAAGAAACUGCAGACCCAGAGCUGCCAAGGCCACCUCUUCCGAACCCUCUGAAAGGAAAAUCCUUGGGUAUUUUUUCUCCAAAUAAUCCAUUGCGGCUGCGACUUUGCGAUCUUCUAGUCAACCCAUAUACCGAACCUUUCCUUUUGCUUUUGAUUGUCUUGCAGGCAAUCCUUCUGGCAGUCGAGUCUGCCCCAAGUGUGUUCGAGAAUGGCCGUCCUGAGCGAUGGGGCAAGCAUGCUAUCGACUGGGCCAUGCUCGCACUUUUUAUAAUUUUCACUCUCGAGAUCAUUUCGCGCACCAUAGUUUCCGGGUUUAUACUCAAUGCACCAGAGUACAGCACGAUUGACCGCAAGCGUGGUAUCCGAGCUGCAAUUGCAGACCAAUAUCGUGCCGUUUUCCAGCCCGAACGGAUCAAAUCGGUAAAAAAGGCGUCACAAUACAACCCAGAACCAUCGGCUAUCUCUCGUUCCUUCACGACCUUCAUGCAGGGCCAGCAGGCCUUGCCAAGAACUCUGGAAGAACACCAGAGGUUUCAACUUGCUCGCCGGGCAUUUUUACGACAUUCCUUCAACCGGUUCGACUUCGUCGCCGUCGUUUCGUAUUGGAUCACUUUCUGGUUGAGCGUUUCUGGACUUGAAACUAAACAUGACAUGUACGCCUUUCGAAUGUUGAGUUGCUUGCGAAUUCUGCGGUUGCUGGCAUUGACAAAUGGUACUGCAAUUAUUCUUCGGAGUUUGAAAAAAGCGACUCCGUUACUGGCCCGUGUCGCUUUUCUCAUCACGUUCUUCUGGUUGCUUUUUGCCAUCAUUGGCGUGCAAAGUUUCAAAGCCAGUCUGAGUCGGCAAUGUGUCUGGUUAGAUCCGCUUGAACCUACAAAUCUAGAGGCUUCGUACACGAAUGACGAAGCCUUUUGUGGCGGCUACUUGAACAAUCGGACAGGGGAGACUAUGCCUUGGCUCAAGUUCAACAACUCAGAGUCCUUGACAGACCUUAUGAAUGGGACCAAAGAAGGGAAAGGAUUUCUGUGCCCUCGAGGUUCCAUUUGUCUACAGCAGUCCAACCCACAGAACGGGACUGUCAACUUCGACAAUAUAUUCAACUCCCUGGAAUUAGUAUUUGUUAUCAUGAGCGCCAAUACGUUCACCGAUCUUAUGUAUAUGACAAUGCGCUCUGAUUAUUUCCAAGCCGCACUCUUUUUCGGUGCAGGAACCAUGAUCAUGAUGCUUUGGCUGACGAAUUUACUUAUCGCCGUCAUCACAUCAUCCUUCCAAGUUAUUCGAGAAGAGAGCAAGGCUAGUGCAUUCACAGUCAGCGAAGAACCACCCGUUCAAGCACAUUCUGAUGAAAGACUUCGCCGCACAUCAUCGUUGCAACGUGUCUACCACAAGACCAGGGCAGGUUGGAUUCUUGUUAUUACCUUCAGUUUAAUAUGCCAGGCUUGCCGUAGUGCAACCAUGUCAUCAAGAAGAGCACGGAUCAUUGAUACGGCAGAAAUAAUUGUUACCAUCCUUCUUGAUAUAGAAAUGAUCAUUCGGAUUGUUACUGAUUGGAACUAUUUCCAUAAAAGCUGGCGGAAUAUUUUCGACCUGGGGCUUGCAAUUAUCACCUCUGUCAUAUUAAUACCUCCAAUUCGCCGUACAAGAGCGUACUGGUGGUUGACAGUCUUCCAAAUUCUUCGGGUCUACCGCAUCGUUUUGGCAAUACCCGUAACACGAGAACUCAUUCUACUGGUUCUAGGAAACGCUGCCGGUAUUGGAAACCUGAUGUUCUUCGUUUUCCUCAUGACCUUCUUGGUUGCGAUCUUUGCUGCGCAACUAUUCCGGGGCCAGAUACCUUUGUAUGAAGAUGGUGAUCUCAAUCGCAUAUCGUUCUACACCAUCUACAACUCAUUUCUAGGUAUGUACCAGAUUUUGACGAGCGAGAACUGGACAGAGAUCCUCUAUACUGUCACAUCGUAUACAAGACACAAAAACACUGCUUGGAUCGGAGCUAUCCUAUUGAUUGGGUGGUUUAUUGUGGCCUUUUUCAUUCUCGUCAAUAUGUUCAUUGCUGUCAUUCAAGAGAACUUUGAUGUAUCUGAGGAUGAGAAACGGCUUCAGCAAGUCAAGGCUUUUCUUCAAAGGCGCGAUCUUGGUGCUUCUUCCAGUAACCUGGCCCUGUCUACCAUCUUUGGUUUUUCGAAAUAUCGCAAGAAUAAGGACCCUCUCGAUUAUGGGCCUGCGACGGUCGAGAUGCUCCUCAAAGACGCGGUUGUUCGCGAGUUCUUAGACGAUCAGAUGAACCCAAAACCGGAACAUCAUGCUCCUGUUAGAAGUGCGACCACGCUUUUAGGUGGUGAGAUCAAGCCCGGACGAAUUUCCGCCGUCUGGGGAAAAAUUAAAGACUGGUUCAGCGAUAAGGAACCGAAUCCGUUUUAUUCGAGCUUGAGAUUUGAUGGCGCGAAUGACACCUCCGACCCUCGACAAAUGGCCGAGCAGGCUAUGUCUGCAACGAUGACUCGAAGAAGAACCCAGAGAGAAUACCUUGCCAAGUAUCCCAACUACAACAACUCGUUGUAUAUUUUCACACCUAACAACAGCCUGCGCCGGCUUUGUCAGCGGGUUGUUGGCCCUUCUCGUGGUAUCGAACGAAUCGAUGGUGUGGUACCUGAUACCGUGCUUUGGUAUUGUUUUACGAUCUUCGUAUAUACCGCGAUCGCGGCCAUGGUCAUUCUUGCAUGUAUCACCACUCCUCUUUACCAGAAGGAAUAUCAAGAACAGCAUGAUUUCAGUAUUAGGAACUGGUACAUCUGGACUGAUAUGGCCUUUGCCAUCGUUUUCACACUGGAAGCUGGGAUCAAAAUCAUUGCAGACGGGCUCUUGUGGACCCCGAACGCAUUUUUGCGCAGCUCGUGGGGGUUUAUGGACUCUAUUGUCUUGGUAACCCUCUGGAUCAAUGUUGUCACGCUUCUCAUCAACGAUGGCGCCAUUUCCAGAGCCAUCGGCGCAUUCAAGGCCCUUCGUGCUCUCCGUCUGCUCAAUGUUAGCAAUAGCGCUCGGAACACCUUCCACGAUCUUAUUAUCGUUGGUUGGUGGAAGAUCUUGGGUGCUGCCUUCGUUUCCUUGUCUUUGCUCAUCCCGGCUGCCAUUUACGGCCUCAAUCUAUUCAACGGCCUACUUUUAUCUUGCAACGAUGGUGAUGAUGGAAUCAAGACUAUGGACAACUGCUACGGGGAGUUUGAAAGCACACCGUUCAGUGAUGAUUGGCCAAUGCUUGCCCCUCGUGUUGCUGCAAAUCCUUUCUUCAGCUUUGACGAUUUUGGUUCAUCUUUGUUCAUCCUCUUUCAGAUUGUCAGUCAGGAAGGAUGGACGGAUGUAUCCUUCGCUGUUCAGGCUAUCACAGGCCGGAUGGAGCAACCUUCUGACCUGGCCUCGCAGGGAAAUGCCGUCUUCAUUGUCAUUUUCAAUCUGCUGGCGACCGUCUUCGUGCUCACCCUGUUCAUCUCCGUGUUCAUGCGCAACUACACAGAGCAGACUGGCGUGGCUUAUCUGACGGCUGAGCAGCGCUCAUGGCUCGAAUUGCGGAAGAUCCUGCGCCAGAUUUCGCCUUCUAAAAGCUCUUAUGAUGAUUCCGAAAAGAGUUGGAAGAAGUGGUGCCACAAAAGAGCCAUUGAGAAGAAGGGCAAAUGGUAUCGGACAAUCACAGUCAUUCUAGUACUGCACUUGAUUGUUCUUGUUUCAGAGUUCGCCGACGAGCCGUGGUGGUGGACGAGAUACCGUGACUUUGUUUUCUUCGCCUUCAUUGUGGCCUAUACUAUCAACAUCGCGAUUCGCAUCAUUGGUCUAGGCUGGGUACGAUUUAGACGAAGCUCAUGGGACCUCUACUCUCUUUUCAUUGUCUUUGGCGCUUUUGUUUCGACCUUUGCCCUCUUGAUUUCGGAUACCGACCUGGAAGCAUACGUUCAGCUUCACAAGGUUUUCUUAGUAGCCAUUGUGCUGUUGCUUAUUCCCCGGAACGACGCGCUAGAUCAACUUUUCAAGACUGCCGCAGCCAGUCUGACGGUAAUUGGCAACUUGCUUGCGACCUGGCUGGUAUUCUUUCUUGUUUUUGCCAUUGCAAUGACCCAGGCUUUCAGCUUGACACGGUUUGGAGAGGAGACAGAUGGAAAUAUUAAUUUCAGAACCGUUCCCAAGGCCUUGAUUCUAUUGUACAGGAUGAGUCUUGGCGAGGGAUGGAACGCGGUCAUGGAAGACUAUGCCGGUAUUGAGCCGCCGCUUUGCGUUAUUGAUGAAGACAAUUUCUUCAACAGUGAUUGUGGCAGCAAAUCUUGGGCAAGAAUUCUGUUCAUUGCUUGGAACAUUGUCAGCAUGUAUAUCUUUGUGAAUCUGUUUGUAUCACUCAUCUACGAAAGCUUCAGCUAUGUCUUUCAACGCUCGAGUGGCAUGGCAGUUGUGGAUAGAGAUGAGAUACGACGGUUCAAAGAAGCUUGGCGCAGCGUGGACCCGGCAGGCACUGGAUACAUCACAAAGGCGGCUUUCCCUCGGCUGCUGGGCGAGCUAUCAGGCGUCUUCCAGAUGCGUAUUUACGAUCCUGAGGACAGUGUUCAUUCCAUCCUGGAGGACAUCAGGGACGAUGUGAAACUGACGCACCAUUCAUCGAUUGCAACAACAAGCGGAUUUAGCGGUAUCGACUUGAACAAAUUAAACGCCAGAUUGAGACUCAUUGACUCGGAAAAGGUCCGGUAUCAGCGUCGGCGAUUCAAUACUUUCUACGAGGAAGUUUUGGUUUCCGCAGACCCGGAUAGGGGCAUUUCUUUCACGAGUGUGCUCAUGAUUCUGGCUCACUAUAAUAUUAUCAGCGACAACAAGAGUUUGAGGCUCGAAGAAUUUCUGAGACGCCGAGCACGUCUCCAACGAGUUGACGACCAAGUCCGACGUGGCGUGGUCUUGGGCUUCUUCGACACAUUGUAUUACACACGACAAUUCAAGAAGCACUUAAUGCGCAAGCAAUCAGCGCGGAUGACUGCCGUGCCACAGUUAAAUAUCCCCGAGAUCAUGGUCGAGAACGAUUUGAGUGAGGAUGAAACCGGCAGAGCAGGAUCAAGAUCUCCUCUUUCACCAACCUCACGCCCAUCGAGUGUCGACGCAGGAGAGCCACGCAAUUGGUUGGCGUCUGUGGAUCUGUCGUUACACGAUACAUCAUGGAGUCACCCUCUGAGCUUCCCCAGAGCUGCACCUCCAUCACCAACGGUGCCUUCUCAACCUUCGGCCUUCAGUUUCGAGAUUGAAGAGGACGAACCUCAGCAGCCUACAACGCAAGCGAGAACCUCGGCUCCCACGGGACGUGAAAGUAAUCAUUUGGAUCCAACCAGCCCUAUGCAAGUCCGGGGAAUGCUUGAUGAUUCGGUUUGGGGUGAAAGUAUCCGCCGAAGUGCCACAGUUAGGCAGACACAGAAUCGGUCAUAG